UCCGACGCGCGGUCGGUGGAGCCGGUGUAUGUGCGGCAAUAACAUGUCGGCUCCGCUGCCCGCCAUCGUGCCCGCCGUCCGGAAGGCCACCGCCGUGGUGAUUUUCCUUCAUGGAUUGGGAGACACAGGACUUCAACAUGUAUCUCCUAAGAACAAGCAGAGUCUCUUAUGUAACCACAGAAAAUUACCAAAUUCAGGAGAUUCAGCGCCAUUUAACAUUGUUAUCCGGUCUAGUCUGUCGUCUAACAGACCUUGACAGCUGCCCCAGUCGUGUCCUUUGCAGUAAUCCUGUCCACCUGCACUUCCAUCCCAGCCGCACUGCGCUGAGCUGCUGCAGCUCUUCAGUCUCUUUUAAUCUGGAACAGUCCCUCGGCUCUUUGGCGUUCGUGACAUGGACGUUUCUGCAGGGAUCAGACUGGUCCCUCCAUUUAGGUUUAUUUGACAUUUCCUCACGAUGACGUUCAGCUUGUGCAUUUUUGGUACGAACACCAUGUACAUGGUACGGCCUGUUCAUUGCAUCACGUCAGGAGGCACGUGGGACGGUCCGUCCCAUUACUGAUGCCGACCUGGAUCACGCGAUAAAGGCAUGGGUGGGCAGAAGCCUUUGCAGGUAUCAGAAGCGCCCACAUCAAGUACAUCUGCCCGCACGCACCAGUUAUGCCUGUAACGUUAAAUAUGAACAUGGCCAUGCCUUCUUGGUUUGACAUCAUUGGGCUUUCACCGGAUUCACAGGAAGAUGAAACUGGAAUUAAACAGGCAGCAGAAAGUGUAAAAGCUUUGAUAGACCAAGAGGUGAAGAAUGGCAUUCCUUCUAACAGAAUUAUUUUGGGAGGAUUUUCUCAGGGAGGAGCUUUGUCUCUGUACACGGCACUGACCACACAGCAGAAGCUGGCUGGCGUCACCGCUCUCAGCUGUUGGCUGCCCCUGCGGGCUUCCUUUCCACAGGGUCCUAUCAGUGGCGUGAAUAGAGACAUUUCUAUUCUUCAGUGCCAUGGAGAUUCGGAUCCUUUAGUUCCCCUAAUGUUUGGUUCUCUUACUGCUGAAAGGCUAAAGACAUUGGUAAAUCCAACCAACGUAACCUUCAAAACCUAUGGAGGCAUGACGCACAGUUCAUGUCAACAGGAAAUGAUGGAUGUCAAGCAGUUCAUUGAUAAACUCCUACCUCCUAUUGAUUGACGUCACUAAGAGGCCUUGUGGAGAAGCGCACACCAGCAUCAUCGUCAUAGAGUAUAAAGUUUUUUCUGUGCCCGAUCUUGAAACCUCUGAUGUUUGCAGUGUUAAAAUGUUUUGCAAAUACACACCAAUGACACAGACUAAAUAAAUCUCCUAAAUAGAUAAAUUUAUGAUCUUUUAAGUUUCUAUGUAUGUAUUUGUAUAACAUGAUGCAGAAUAUAUUAGUAUUAAGGUAGGUGAAGCAGCUAGCUUCUUUCUCUCAUAUGUAAUUCAGCAAAAUAAUAAAAUACUGUAACCAGAUUUUUUAUUACAUCACUUGAAAAUUAUUAGUAUGCUUAAUGAAAACCUGUUCAGGUAUAAAUGAGCAGUUAAGACAUAAAAAGUCUAUGCGUGCUGUGACUUAAGACUCUGGACUUACUCCCAAAUUACUUAGUCACCAUGCAGUAUCUGUAUUUUUAUAUAUGUGUUCAUAUGUACUUAAUGAUUAUAAUGCAUAAUAAGAAUGAGGUGUUAUUACAUUAUUCCUAAUAAUAGGGAUAAUGCUUCUAAGUGUCAGUAAAAAGAAAUAUUGCUGUCUUCAAUUAAUGGCCCUCUUAUUUUGGGGACCAGGUUUUUCUUUCCUGAAUAUAAUUUCUAUUUAAUACUCUUUUUUCCUCUCUAGAAAAGAAAAGUGUUCUUUCUUCUUUUUUAUCCUUCAUAACAGACCAAAUAUUGCCUACUUGCCAUGGACGUCUGCUGUCAAUACGUGCUGUAAUUUGACAUUCUGAAUCACAGAUGUGACGGCACUGAAAGUGUAUUUAUACUUGUAGAAAGAAGCCAGGCAUCCCUUCAAAGUUUCUACACUACUUCUUAAACUGGACCUUUGUCUGCAGCUUAGGCCUGCAGAGUUACAGGUAACGAGGAUAAUUCUGUGGUUGUAUUUUUCUGUAAUUAACUGAAAGAAUAAUUAGGUCAUAUUCUAGUAUGUUCCGAAAUAUUUAAGACUGAUCUUACAAACUGUCAUUUCUAAGAUGAUUUGUUCUAAGAUGAUUCUCCUCAUAGCGUAGAGUUUUAGUUUACUUAUUUUGCACAUAUGUUUGAAACCGACUGCUGUAGGAAAUGAACAAUCCAUUUGAAAAAUUUGCUUUACUUUUAUCUGCCAGUGGACUUAUUUGAAAUUUUCACUGUAGUCAGAGAGGAUCUUUUUAAGUUAGUUUCUGUGCAAACAUGAAAGUAGCAAUUAUUUGAUUUUAAAUAGAUUUUUCAGAUUAUUGGUUAACAUUAUUUGAAAACAAGUUUAUGGGUAAUAAAAGUUAGUCAGAACUCAGUACAUAUGGUGUAGUUACCACCCAGUUUAAUAUGUAGCAAAAAUGUACGCCUGAUAUUUCUGAACUGUUGUUAAUUUUUCUGCUGUAUUCCAACCGACUAGAACACCGUUAGGAACGCAUCUUUAUAAAUGGGUGCUACUUGAUGAUGGAAAUGAUUUCGUAUGGACAGUGUAGGAUGUUAAUAAUGAAGCCAUACGUUUAUGUCUGGAUUUACAAUUUUUAAACAAUCAUUUACUAAGUCAUUUUGCUUUUAUCUUGAAGAAUGUAAACUGUUGUUUCACUUACACAAAUCAGCAAGAUCUAAUUUAUGGCAAGAAAUAUAUUCCAUUGAAACGUGCUGUAACGUGGGAAAAUGUAAAUCUUUUUCACGGUUUCUAUCAAUGUGAAAUAAAAUGUAAUUCUGA